CUCAUCUCUCUCACGCCUGUUCAUUUCUGCAAUUUGUCGCGGCCAUCUCAUCUCACAUUGACAGUCUCCUCACCUGGAAGUCAAAAUGGUGGUUCGUGACAAUCCAGAUUAGGACCAUCAUCACCUGUGCAGUCUCAGAUUCGCAGCUAUUAGCUAUACAUGGGCUUGUCUUCUGAUAUGGCAUCCUUGGCUGUUAAUACAUGGUGGGAUUAAGCUAAGAAUCCACGCCAUAUCAGCCAGCACUGGUUGGAAAUGGUUGACUCUGUUUUUCAAUUGGUCGAUGACCUUGUAAAUGGAAGGAUUCCUGGUGACCACGUAUACUUGGAGAGGAUAGGUGAAUAUGUUCCGUGGAGUCAAGUACCAGCACUGGAAGAAAAGGUGGCGGACUGGAGCAAGGAGGAUCCAGUGAUCUGGAACGUUGGAAUGGGAGCAGCGGCUUCGUUUGCGCCGACCCUGAGAAGGCUCUUGUCCGAGCGCUGCAAUGACCUAUACGGCCCGUACGAGCACACCAUUCGUGUGCUGCUCACCCCUGCCGUGGCAGCAGGCUGCAGCGCCGCCCAGCACUGGCUGGCGGUUGAGGUCCUCAUGGAGAUGGCACAGGCAGCAACCCGCGAGAUACUGCCGCCGCUGCUUCGGGAGCUCAUGCAACUUGCCAGCGAAGAGAGCUACAGGAGCUACGGCUCAACAAUCUCCGACAAGCUGAUGUUCAAGGCUUUGGGGAGGGAGUACGUGGAGAUUUUCGGGUCGUCGGAUCCAUCUGUGCAGUGGGACCCUGACUAUGGCCAUCAACCUCGUACCUCCCCGCUACUCCAAAUGGUCAGAGAAGGAUAUUUGCAAGGGAAGAAGUAUCUGCUGCUGGUAGAAAAUCUGCAGGUUCCCGUGUCAUUGGAUGUGUUGGCUUUCAUAGUGGGCCCGGGCAAACGCCCAUCAAUCUACCAGCAGAACCGUUGGCUCAUCUCAGCAGUGUCCCGGGACGUGUGCAACAGAAGCCACCGCAUAGAUCAGGCUACACGCCAGGCAACCAGCAGCAGGUGGUUUAACCUAAGUUCGGAGUACUACCACGCCCCGGUUCUUGGUCGUCUCCGUCCGCGAGAGGGUGUUCCUCGACUCAAGGAAGCUGAGCUAUAUGAUCUUGACGACAAGGGCAAGCAGCUGAGAUGGGUCUCAUUCCUGGAUGGACGUGGCAGGCAUGUGAGCAGGGGUUGGGGGGAACAAACACCAAUUAUUCCAAGAGAGGUGGCCAUGACCACCCUUGUUCUGAGAGGUCACACCAACACAUCGAUAGAAGCCUUUCCUUUCCACAAAGUGUGGAACAGCCACUUGCAUGUUCUAGAUUUGUCCUACACAGAGAUAUUUCAUCUGCCUCCUGGGUUGUGUCAACUAGUGAAUCUCCGCUUGCUCUCUCUCAGAGGCUACGUUAUGCUCAGGACCUUGUCCCAAAGCCCACUACAAAAUACAUGGGAGGGCAAUUUAGCGUCACCUGCUUCUGAGGACCAAACUUCUUCACCAUCCUCUUUUGGGGAACAAACUCCACAACCCCCUACUUUUAAGGACGAAUCUCCACCAGCAUCACCUACUUCUGAGGACCAAACUCUACUACCAUUCACAUCAGAGGAUGAAACUCCAGGACCGCUCUCCUAUUUGGAGAACCUUGAAGUCCUUGAUAUUAAUAGUGUUCCCUUACUCGUACUAACCCGAGAAGAUGGCAGAAAUAAAAGCAAACUGCACUUCCUUGAUCUAUCAGGGUCCAAAAUUUCUACUCUGCCUUCUGAAUUCUUCGAUGGCAUGUCAAGCCUUGAGGAGCUCAUUCUUGGCAAUUGCUCCAAACUCGAAGAAUUGCCUCAUUCGGUGGUCCAACUAUCCAAUCUGUUGGUCCUUCAUGUCGAGGGGACUAAGAUUACCUAUUUUGCGGAGGAUACGUUUGAAGCAAUGCAAAGGUUGGAGACACUCAAGCUAAUUAACAACAGGAAGUUGAGGUCACUCCCAAGGUCAUUGUCCGAAGCCAAAUGCCUCAGAGAGCUACAUAUUUACAACUGCGUUAGCUUGAGGCUUCAGUAUCUCUGGAAGCUACUAUCUUACCUUGAGGAUCUUUAUAUUGAAACAUGGAAGUCCCUGGAAGAUAUCAAAAUCCAUGGGCACUGUAACUUGAGAACAUUCUCACUCUCUGGACCAUGGAUUCGAUGCCUGUCCUUGCGUGGGUGCAGCAGGCUCAAAACAGUGAACUUCAGUGAUGAUCUUAGAGCAUUGGAGGACGUUGAUCUUUCAGGAACAGCUAUUGAGGAGGUCCUUCCCAGCCUCCCAAAUCUGCCACAACUCAGGAUGGUACUUCUUCUGAAUGUCCAAUGUUUCAAGAGAUUCCCAUGGCAUCAGGUGGUUAGGUUUCCCAGGUUUUCUAUUUGGAUGACUCUGCUAGUGAUGAUAAUCAGUUUUUGAAGAUACCUUGCCAGCAGAGAACUUGUGCAGCUGGAGAUUCUCAUAGGGAGGAAAGAAACAAUACUGCUCGGAUCAACAUCAAUGACCCCGGUAUAUUUCAUAGUUUCAACUCAGAUGUUGCUAACAAGUUAGUCAAGGAAGGACAGUUCCUUCAGCAUUUCUGUGUCCAAGUUAAACCAUGCAGUGUGAGAUGCAUGGAGCCGAAGAACAAAAGUGAGAUAUGCACCAAGAUCCAGAAGCAAUCACCUUAUCUUGAUGUGCAUUCUUUUGAGGUGUCUAGCAUUGUGCCCAUGAUGAAACUUCAGCCAAAACGACGUCAUGUGGAGAUAUCUGCAAACAAUCAGUAUCCGCAUGGAUUAAGGCAUCUUCUCUCUGUCACAAAGUCAAUAUUCAUUGGGAUGAUUCUUCUAUCAGAUGCUUUACCGAACUCAAUUAUAGUAUGAUGUGUCUUGAAGAAUGCCAGCUCAUUCACUGCCAUGAAAUGGAAGUAGUAUUCAGAAUCCAUUCCGAAGGUGCAGGGGAAGAAAUAGUCCAGGGCCAGAAGAGCAGCACAUUAACUCCAAAGGUAUUUCAAUCCUUAAAGAUACUCCUGCUCUCCAAUCUGAAUAACCUACUAAGCUUGGUCGAGCCUAGUGAUCUGGCAUACUCUAAGU